AGUCACGAUGACUGGGUCUAGGUUUAGGUCUACAAGAGCUCACCUCAUGCACUGCUCAGUCCUCAGUCUUUUCUCCAUCAGGUACCCAGAGUUGGAAUAUGAACAAGUUUGUGACCCUCACGACAGGGCAGAGGAUGCCAGUGGUUGGACUUGGCACAUGGAAGAGUGCCUCAGGACAGGUGAAGCAGGCGGUGCUGACCGCUUUGGAGUGUGGUUACAGACACAUCGACUGUGCUGCUGCUUACGGCAAUGAACAGGAGGUCGGAGAGGCUCUUUCUCUCUGGGUCGGACCUGGGAAGGCUCUGCUCCGUGAAGAGGUGUUCGUGACUUCCAAGCUGUGGAACACCAAGCACGACCCAGAGGAUGUGGAAGACGCCUGCAAAGCCAGUCUGGCCCAUCUGGGUCUCUCCUACUUGGACCUCUACCUCAUGCACUGGCCCAUGGCGUUUCAGAGGGGGGGCGAGCUGAUGCCUCGGCGAGAAGAUGGAAGUAUUUGCUACUCUGACACGCACUACAGAGAUACUUGGAAGGCCAUGGAGAGCCUCGUAGACAAAGGCCUGGUCAAGGCUAUAGGACUGUCCAACUUCAACGCCAGACAGACUGAUGACAUCAUCAGCAUGGCCAGACACAAACCUGUGGUAAACCAGGUGGAAUGCCAUCCUUAUUUGUCUCAAACAGAUCUCCUGUCACACUGCAGGUCCGUGUCAGUGUGUGUGACAGCUUACAGUCCUCUGGGCAGCGGAGACAGACCCUGGGCGUCUCCCGAUGAACCAAGCCUGCUGCAGGACCCUCGACUGGGAGCCAUCGCCCAGAGAUACCAGAAAACACCCGCCCAGGUUAUACUCAGGUGGCACAUUCAGAGGGGUGUAGUGUGUAUCCCCAAAAGUGUGACGCCCUCCAGGAUCCAGCAGAACGUAAAGGUGUUUGACUUUUCUUUGUCCCACGACGACAUGAAGCUGAUCGAAUCCUUCAACCGCAACAAGCGCUUCAUCGUCCCAACAGUCGAGAGGGACGGCGAGAGGGUGUGGCGAGACGCCGGACAUCCUCAUUUCCCUUUCCACGAUCCUUACUAAGUGUACAGAGGCUGCAAAAUUUACAUUUUGAACAUGGGUUGUCACAUGCGCUAAAAAAAAAAUUAAUUAAUUUACAAAAUAAAAUGAAUAAAUCUGAAAUAUGAUUGGAAUGAAUGACCGGUGUCCAUUGCAUUAACGGUCCUGUCACGCCCAGAGUGACACUCUGUGGUGAGUAGGAGAAGUGCCUGUCAGGCAUGUGACACUGUCACAGAUAGUGCCCACAUGUGUUCACUGUCCUGCAAGUGCUCCUGGAUACACAUCUGCACACAAAUAAUCAACUGAAGACAACACGGGUGUCAUGUUUUAAAAAAAAAAAAAAAAAAAAAAAUUCUACACACCGAUAAGGGCUUGGAUCAUAUACAACACAAGCUUGUCAUUCAACCCACGCUUUGUCAAAUUAAAAUGGAAAGUAUAAAACCGUUACACAUUUACAUUCCCCCCAAUACUGAAUGCCAUUGUGUUAUUGUCUUUAACUACAACUAAAAUUCAUAUUUUUCCUUUUACCUUUGUAAGAUCUAAAUCUGACAAGAUGUACAAACUGUGUCAAUAAAUAAGCUGUAAAACAGGCUGGUAACACUUUCAUUUUGUGAGAUUUUAUUUUCAACAACAUAACCUUGACAAAUUUGUAAUACAUUAUAUGCUACUGUUUAUUAAAAAAAAAAAAAAAAAAAAGUCAUUAGCAAUAUGUUUUUUUUUUCUUUUCUUUCCAAGUCUAGCAUAGAAUCCCGUCACUAUAGCCAUUCAUGUUGGUUGUGAUAUACUGAGAAUGAGGCCACUCAAUAAAUGCCACCCUCCCCACCCCCCCACCCCAUCGGAACAAAAAAAAAAAAAAAAAAAAAAAAAAAAAAAAAGAAUCUGCAGUCACUCUUCUUCCACUCUUAACAUCCCCUUACCCCACCCACAUCAAAGCCAGGGCAAACCAAGCGGCUACAUGCUGUCUCCGAGGAAAAAAAAAAAAAAAAAUCAUACAAAAAGGAGGAACACAUGAAAGAAGCA